CCAGCAGAUCAGCGCAUGUCUUCCAUGAUGUGGAGAGUCACAGUGAUUUUUUUCUAUGUGGUGUCUCGGGUGGCAUCACAUGAAAUUAAAGUGGAGUGCAGCGAAGCUUACGAUCUCCCUUCUACAAGUGAUACCUCUCCAUCUUUCCCGGAGGACUUGAACGUGAAGCAGGUGACAGUGGAAGGAACUGAUAUGCUGAACAUCAGCUGGGCUAUCAACAUUGAUGCUAGUAUUGAAUAUCUGACAGGUACUAGAAUCGAGAUAUCAGGGGAACUAGCUUACCUGUGUGAAUACAGCCCACGCUUCGCCCAGGCAGGCCUCACUGGGUCAAAGAAGAGAUGGUUUCAUUUUUUAGUAAUGGCAAGUGAGGGUUACCACCUCAUCCAAGCUUCCAAUCUUCCCCUGCCUCCAGUUGGGAGUGGCAACUAUAUCAAGUAUACCAGUAUUGAGUUAUUUCCUUCAAGACUCCCAGCAACUGUCACACCAGAGCCUACUCAAGUUCCUACAGAUUUUGCUGCAAAUGAGAUCCUUGUUUCAUCCUUGAGAACAGACGGUAUCACCGUGAUCAUUUCGGGAGGACUGGCCUGUUUGAUUAUCCUGGGCUCCUGCUACAUAAUCUACAAAACCUGUGGAGCUAACAUUACCAAAUCAUUUGGUCUAAAGAGUUUACCUAUGGUUCCUGUCCCUGUUCUUGUGGUGUACCCUGCUGAGAAUUCAGUCUUCCAGCAGGCCGUGGUGGCCCUGACAGAAUUCCUACAGUGGCAUGGCAACUGUAGUGUAGCUGUUGACAUGUGGCAGCAGGGGAAGAUUGCAGACCUGGGGCCAAUGCGCUGGCUGGCAGAACAGGUUAAGGCUGCAGACAGAGUGCUCAUCGUCUGCCCACAGUCCUCUUCACAGCCCAGCCACAGUCCCCCCACCCACAGCUUCCCAGAACCCUCCAUACCAGCUGCAGCUUAUGACCUUUACCCCUUGAUUCUUAACAUGGUAGCAAGCAAUGCAAAGAAUGCCAAAGAGCUGGCUAAGUUCUGGGUGGUGCAGCUGGGCGAGCAGCAGGCCAAAAGGCAUAGUAACCUGGCUCUGGAACUGAGGUCGUGUAGCACUUUUUAUUUGAUGAAGAAUUUGAACCAACUGUGCAGAAGUCUUCAUACCCAGAGAGAGGGCAACAAGGCAAUAUUCAAUCUGAUCUUCAGACCGGAGGUUGUCUACAGUGAAAAGAGUACAGUGAAGUUAAGAGAAGCUGUAGAAAAUCUAAGCAGACAUCAACUAAGCAUUUCCAGUGAGAUGGAACCAUUGAGAUCUGUGGUCAGCUCUGUGUGAAC